CCCAAAUCAUAUUCAUUAAUCUCAAGUUUUGCUAGACAAUAAACUUGUCCUAGAAUUAUGAAGGUCCCCGUCAGUACAUUAUUAAUAGUUCUGAUUAUUCUUCGUGUCUCGGUUUCGUUUGCAAAGCGCCAGGUAUACAUAGUUUACAUGGGAGAACACGAAGAAAAGAGAACGUUACUCCAGACUGAAGACAAGCAUGUCUCGUACCUAACAUCUGUAAAAAGUUCAACAGAAGACGCAAAAGCUUCACUGGUGUACAGUUAUAAGAAUGUUAUCAAUGGUUUCUCAGCAUUUCUCACAGGAGAAGAAGCUCAAAAGCUAUCUGAAAUGGACGGAGUGGUUUCAGUAUUCAAAAGCCACCCCAUGAAGUAUAGGAUUCAAACUACAAGAUCAUGGGAUUUCACGAACCUGCUCAAAAGUGGAUAUUCAGGCAAUAUCGGCGGAAUUGGAGAUGAAGAAAUACUGAAGAAAGCAAAUUAUGGAAAAGAUAUUAUAGUCGGCGUCCUGGACACUGGAGUAUGGCCAGAGUCAGAGAGUUUUAGUGAUGACGGAAUGGAACCCAUUCCGAGUUCAUGGAAAGGAAUCUGCGAAUCUGGAGUAGCUUUUAACUCAUCUCACUGCAACAGAAAAUUGAUAGGAGCUCGCUACUAUUUAAAAGGUUACGAGGCAUAUUACGGCCCAUUGAAUGAGACAAUAAAUUAUCGAUCUGCACGCGACAGAGAAGGACAUGGGACCCACACGGCUUCGACCGUGGCAGGCCGUGAAGUGCACAACACCUCACUUCUUGGCGGCUUUGCCAGUGGCACAGCCAAAGGUGGUGCUCUUCUUGCGCGACUUGCAAUUUACAAAGUAUGUUGGACGAUCCCCAGUCAGUCGAAGGUACUUGAGGGCACAUGUUUUGACGAGGAUAUGCUGGCAGCCUUUGAUGAUGCCAUUGCUGAUGGUGUCCAUGUAAUAAGCAUCUCGAUCACGCCAUAUCAGAAUAUCGAAUACACAAAAGAUGGGAUUGCUCUGGGAGCACUGCACGCAGCCAAGAAAAAUAUUGUAGUGGUGGCGAGUGCUGGAAAUUGGGGCCCGGCCCCAUCAACCGUAAUAAAUGUGGCGCCCUGGAUACUUACGGUGGGGGCCAGUAGCAUUGAUCGGAUUUUCAACUCGCCUGUUCUGCUGGGGAAUGGAAUGAAAAUUGAAGGUCAAACUGUAACGCCAUACAAGUUAAACACUGUGCGCCCUUUAGUUUAUGCUGGAGAUGCAGAAGCCCCUGGAACAACAACUAAUGGUACCACCGGGUUAUGCCUUUCUGGAACUCUUUCACAAGAAAUUGUGCAGGGAAAAAUAGUUUUGUGCUUGAGGGGAAAUUCAACUAAUGUAGAAAAAGGUAUGGAGGUGAAAAGAGCAGGCGGCGCAGGGUUCAUUUUGCAGAAUCCUGUGGAUGGAAUUGGAGUAUCAGUUGAUGCUCAUGUACUUCCUGGAACUGCCAUAUUUUCAAAUGAUUCAGCCACUAUUCUCAAUUACAUAAGAACCAACAAAAAUCCAACCGCAAGAAUAGUUCUAGCGAGAACUGUUUUGGGUAGUAAACAGUCACCAUUCAUGGCCGCCUUCUCCUCUACAGGUCCAAAUAGCCUUGAACCCAACAUUCUAAAGCCCGAUAUAACCGCGCCAGGGCUAAAUAUCUUGGCAGCAUGGAGCGAGGCAAGCUCUCCCACAAGACUAUUCUCAGAUAACCGGGUGGUGAAAUACAACGUUCUCUCAGGGACUUCCAUGUCUUGCCCUCACGUAGCGGCAGCAGCCGCCCUGAUCAAGGCAGCGCAUCCAGAUUGGAGCAGCGCCGCCAUAAGAUCAGCCCUGAUGACCACCAGCACUCAAACCAACAACGUCGGCACCCCGAUAACCGACGCCAAUGAAAAUCCAGCAACUCCCUUCCAUUAUGGCUCGGGGCACUUCCAACCCGCAAAAGCAAUAGAUCCAGGCCUGGUUUACGACUCAAAUUACACUGACUAUCUUCUUUUUCUUUGCAACUAUAACAACACUGUAAAAAAUGUGGAUCCAUCAUUUACUUGUCCAAAGAAAUUUACGUCGCCAAGUAAUCUGAACUAUCCAACAGUUACAGCCUCCUUCAUCAACGGCGAGGUUUUGGUGUACAGAACGGUGACCAAUGUCGGUGCCGAAGGAAGUGUAUAUAAUCUGAGUAUCGAAACCCCAGUUGGGUAUUCAGUAAAAAUUUCUCCAACCACAUUGAAUUUUGUGCGUCCAGGGGAAAGGAAGACCUUCACCAUUACAAUUAAACCAGAAAAUGGGGUUACAAAAGAUGAUUAUGCAUUUGGUUCGUACACAUGGAGUGAUCGAAUUCACAGUGUAAGAAGUCCGAUUGUUGUUCGUUAGAUGAAUAUUUUCCAGGGGAAAGGAGAAGAUAAUUUUAUUUUUUUUAUAUAUUUCCUCUUUUUUUUUCUUUUUCUUUUUUUGGGAGGAAAUAAAUUGUAAAAGGAGUUUGGGCAUUCUUUUUGGUAUAAACGGGAUUAGGCUUGUCAUUUUUUUGUAUCCAAAUUAAGGGAUUAUUUGACA